GCUUUUAUUUGAACUUAGAAAUUAAAAUUAAUUUCCCUCGUUAUUAUUCUACAUACUUGAUCCCAGAACUAUCACUAUUAUUUUUUUAAAUUAUUCACGCAAAGUUUGACCAACAUUUGACUUAUGAAAAUGGCUGAUAUAACAGACGAUAUAUUAAGCGCUUCCGACGACGAUGAAAGUCAGGUUGUGACAGCUGCUGAAGUUCUUCUAAAAAUUGAGAGCUUGUGGAGAACUGAACGUCUGUCUCCAACUCUCGAGUGCCACCAGAGUGAACUGGUCGACUGCAUGCUCGACCAGAUCACGCAGAUGAACAACAACUUGAGAAGAUGUAAGAAAACUGAUUUGCGUCUCGCAAUACAUCGCAUGGAGCUGGAGCGCGUGAGGUACGUGGUAGCCAGCUACCUCAGAUGUCGGCUCCUGAAAAUUGAGCGCUUCACGCAUUACCUGCUCGAAAAGCAUGGUGAGCUGGACGACCCUAGUCUAGCCUUGCUGUCCCCCCAGGAGCUGGACUACGCCAAGUCUUAUGCCCAGAGCAUCGAGUCUCACUUCAACAAGCUCGUCUUACGACACAUCACUCACGAGAAACUCGCAGAAUUUGAUGCCAAGAAAAUGAGUGUUGUCCCUAACAUGAACGGUUAUGUCUUCCUGAAAGUACUGAAAGAUUCGCCUGGUGUUCUUAUUAGUGAUCAAGUGGGCGAAAAUGCUGACGAAGAAGUUGACCUGGUGGCAGGUGACCAGCAUUUAAUGAUGUACAGCAGCAUACAAGAGCUCCUCAAGUCCGGACAUGUCGAGCUUAUUUAACUGCCACCGUAGAUUAAAUAGAUUUAUUGUGAUAAUCCAUACGGCGGCUAAUCCAACGAAGAGUGACUGGUCAGUAGAAUGUUUUUGGUGGAGACGCUCUGUAAAUAUAUAGUAAUUUACUGCUGAAAUACGUCUAAUGUUGCGAUGAGUUAUUGUUUUCAUAUGCAUUGUGGAGAAAAGAGAAAUGUUCACUCUCAAUUAACACUCUUAAUUUCUCUCUCAGCUCACUCAAAUUCAAGCGCCAGGACUGAUAUUCCUUAUCUUAUAGAAUCUUAAAAAUACUCUCAUACAAAAUGGAACGUAAAUAUUUCCUUAGCAAGGUUAUAUGCACCGUGCAGUGCUGCAAUGUUAGCUUCUUGUCAACGAUAAAGUUGGAAUGUUCAGCGCGGGCUGGAACAAUACCUCGAUCAAAACCGCUAAAUUUCGCUAAUCAGCCUGUCAUAUAUUCCUAAAUUCAUGUUCUGUGAAUUUUUUGAGUGCACUUUAUACAUUUUUCUAUUAUUUUUUUGACAUGUAAUUAUGAAGUAUGGUUGCUAUUAUUCAUUGAAUUUACUACAAUCCUCUGUUGCAUUUCCGUAAUUGUUACUGUACGACGGGGCAAGGUUUGCUCUUGUGACAUAUUUGCUCCUUUUUGAGUAUUGCGUUGAAAGUUCUCAAGCAAUUCCAUUCUCUCCAUGUCCAUACUAACAACCGUCAAGCGAAAAAAUCCAUAAUGUGUUACAAUCUUACAAGUGAUAUUUUUGUGUGCGGCCUCGUGCUAAAUGAGUGUUAGUCCUGUAGACUCCUGCUUAAGAAUUCGGACGCAGCGGCUGCACCGUAACAAUUAUCUCAUGUUUAGGGCAUAAGUGCACUGUCUAGAAGUAGUGCACUCGUAUUACACUUGAAAUUAUUCCUUUAACCUCUGCAAUGAAUAUGAUAUGGUGGACAAACGCUAUGCUUGUAUUGAACUGCAUGUAUUCUUGUGUUCAGUUUGGCAAGUUAACACCUAAAUACCCCAUGUAUAUUGUGUAAAUAAUAUAAUUGUUCGUAUCCGUUCAUUUUCCGUUGUUUGCACAACUUUACGUUGUGAUGGUCAUUUCUUAAGAAGUUACUUUUUGUUCUUCAAUACACGGCCUAGAAUAGUGCGCUAGUUGAGGUUUGCAUGCUUGUUGUUUCCAAUUCGAGUGCGGCAAUCAGUCGUAAGAAGAGAAAUUAAUUUCAACGAGAUCCAGUUUCCAAUAAACUUGGCACACAAGUA